UUUCAGAACGAAAAACUGGAGGUGAAACAGAAAUGGGCCUCGCGGCUUUUAGGAAAGUUAAGAAAGGACAUAACCCAAGAGUAUCGAGAGGACUUCGUCCUCAGUAUCACGGGGAAAAGGCCGGCCAUGUGUGUUCUAAGCAAUCCUGAUCAAAAGGGAAAAAUGCGUCGAAUUGAUUGUUUGCGUCAAGCUGACAAGGUAUGGAGAUUGGACCUGGUGAUGGUGAUCCUAUUUAAAGCGAUUCCAUUAGAAUCGACAGACGGCGAAAGACUGGAAAAGACUGCAGAAUGUGCUCAACCAGGUCUCUGUGUAAAUCCUUACCACAUCAAUGUCUCCGUCCGGGAACUCGACCUCUACCUCGCCAACUUCAUUACCAGUCACGAAGUGCUGAAUGGUAUCUGUAAUGCUAAUAAGGAAGAAGAAAGGCGACGUAAAGGUGCAGGUUACCACGAACUGUAUAAUGGUGUCGUAUGCAACGAUACGAUCCUCGCGACAGGUGUUUUCAGCUCCAAGGAGCUCUGGAUGCUUUCAAAAGCGUCCAUACUGCAUGACCUCAGCGACAUGCAGCCUCAAAUAAACGCGAUCAAAAUAGAGCACCCGCCGUACUACUGCAGCAGCUACACCCCUCCAUCCGCAGCUACUGCCGCGGAUCAUACUCAGCCCGCGGCUAGCUUCAGUCCACCGCCGGUGCACCAGCUCAUAAGAAAUGAUAAGACUGAAAAGCCACCGACGGUAUCGGUUUCAAGUGCUACAACUUUCUCUCCAGUUCUAAGGCCCGAGGAUGGCCAUCGUGGAAUGGAUUCACCUCACUCCCAAACGGGCUUACAUUCACCGCACGAAGGUUUGGCCGGCGGUUCCGGUCAAAGUAUGUCCGGCCUUGCUUAUUAUCAACCUGAGCAUCCUGGUUCGGCUGGUGUCGUUAAAUAUCCGGAAAAUGGUCACGACACACUCUCGGAUUUCGUGACAUUUGUAUGCCAGGAGGCCGAGAACACUCAGCAGCUACCCCAGGCACAACUCGCGGGUCCGCGAUCUGGAAUACAAAAGUUCUCACAGUAUUACCCGAGUUCGAUGUUACCUCCACCGCCGCCGGCGCCAAUGGCGAGACCUGUAGCGAUAAUACGUUCAACCGGCGAGCUAACGACAAAUAGUGCAAAUUCACCGCCAACAUCGUCGACAUCGCCGGCCGAUUCAUCUGAAAUGGGACCGAAUCAGGAACAAAUGGCAGCGGCAGCAGCCGUUGGCCUUGUCAGCUCAUGCCAAAGUUCCGAUCCUGGCGGUCGAAAAAGUCCCGCACGAAUACUCGUCACUGCACCCCAUACUAGUAGAGAAUAUACCUUCGCUCAUUUUCACUCGCAACCGGGACAGCAAAUCUUCACCUACCCUACCAUCAGCUCGAUGUCAGGAGUGAUUUCACCGACGAAUCUUUCCCUCUUCUCAUCCCCCGUUUCUGUAACGAGACCAGUGGCAACGCAGAGGUCAGUUUCCAACGUUCCCCCACGCUGGAAUACAGCACCUUUCAUAAAUCUGGAGGACGAUUACAACAUGAUAGCUCCAAUUAUUGCGGGUACUGCCAGUGAACCACCCACUGCCAUGGACGAUGAUCGUUAUUUUCAUUCGGUCCAUGCGAGUAAUGUCGUCGAUAAAAAUGGCAAUGGUGGAAUGAUGGGAACCGAAUUAGUUGGUACCGAUCCCAAUUCGCAUCAUCAUCAACAACAGCAACAACAACAACAAGUGAUGCAGGACAAAACCGGAAGACCUAAAUCUCCUCCGUGACACUGGAGUCAGAUUUUUUUUCGACUCUCCAAUCUCUUAUGGUUCGGUUCAUUCACAACAUGCUCAAUAAUGUUGACACUCGGUUUCGCCUCGAGUUGGCUGAAUUUAAAAAGAAAAAACAAAUUUUCACGUUGGAAACGAAUCGGUCGAUUAUUUCCAUCUCAAAAUUUCACUUUCAUAUUGUAAGAAAACAAAAAAGUAAAAGCAAAAAAAAAAAAUAAAUAAAUGAAUUGAAAGUGAAAUAAAAUGGGAUUGAGAUAAAAGAAAAUCUGAUUGAAUGAUUCCUUUAAGAAAAUCCCCGAAACUUUUCACACUAGUGUAUUUGGUAAAAAAAAAAAAAAAAAGAAAACCCCCGCCUCCCAUUGUCGUCGUCGUCGUCGUCGCAUAUGACACUUGCCAUUUUUCUUUAGCAAAUUUUUUCUAUAGCCUACUAGCGAGUGCUGGCACUUUUAUUAUCAAUUAUCGAGACUUCUAUUUCUCUACGACAGAAAAAAAAAUCAUUGUAGAAUAAAAGUCAAUUAAUAGCAGAUCUCUGUCUGAAAUCACAUUCAGUGAAAUGACAAAUUUCUUUCUUGAAGAGAAUAAAUUUAAAAUUGUCCUUCGUUAAAUUUUUUUUUCAUAAAAAAAGAGAAACUUUUGUUUGUUUUUUUUUGUAAUUUCUAAUUUCUAAGUUCUGGAAAAUUA